GAGGGGGCGGUAUUGCCUGUCCACACAUAAAAUUCACCGAAGAAGAAUCACCCGGAAGUCAACAUACUGUUGUUUUUGUCAAGGCGGGAAAGCUCUGCUUGGAGAUAGCUUCACGAUGCCGUCUAAACAGCAAGGCCCAGCCGCAUCUAUCUCUCCUGUCCUCUUCUUGAACGAGGACGGUGAGCCCAUGUCUUUUUUUCUGCAUCCAGGGCCCAUCAAACGCAAGCUCCAGCCUCUCAUAUCAGCUGGAGGAGGGAUCUUGUGCAGAACCCAGCAGCCUGGAGCCAUCCUGCUGAUCGCUCCUGAGGAUGGGAGAUUUGUUCCUGAGUCUGCGGCUCACAGGUACGUGUCCACCCAGUUUAUUCAUGAAAGUAUUGAGAAGGGGGAACAGCUUAACAUAGAAGACUUCAAGUUAGAUCCUGAAGUGGCCCAAAAGCAAAAUCCUGGACUCAACAAAAGCAAAGACAGCUCAGCCAAAGCUUCACCAGGCAGGAUGACCUUCACACCUGAAGAGGAUGCUGCCAUUUUUCAUUAUGUCAGCAAACGGAUGAAAAUGACUGGGGGGAACCGGCUUUGGCUAGAGAUGGAGGAGAAGCGUGUGACCAAUCACAGCUGGCAGUCCAUGAAAGACAGACAUAAACGCCUGCUGAAAAGACGACAGUCAAAGGACUUGGAGGUCAAAGCGACAGAAGAUGAUGAUGAGACGGCAAAGAUGGAAUCAAAUCAAGAAUGUGAUGCUGACAAAUCUUCCUGUGAAGCUGAGAUUGCUCGUCCUCCUUCGGCAGAUUCUGACUUAACACAGAUUGACGUCCAGGCCACAGCUGCAGGAUGCACACUUGAAAACCAAGAUCCGCAGGCAGCAGUCACUGCUCAGGUGGAAGAGCGACAGGAUCAGGAGGUGGAUAAACAACCAUGUGUGGAAGCUACAUCUCCCACCACUCAAACUGAGAAUUCUGACCAGCAGUUGAGAACAGCCGAGGGCAGUGAAUCAGAACGAGAUGAACCUCAAACAAAAACUCUACAAAACCUACAUUUGCAUAAAGACUCCCCUGCAGCUCAGCCUAAGGCCACCCCUAAAUCUACUUCUAAAAGUCCAAGAGACAAGAUGGAGGCUUCUCUCAGACUGGAGCAACCACAGCGUCGAGUAUCACGCAGGCGUCUUGGGCUGGAGGCCUUAUCAUCAUCAUCGUCAUCAUCAUCCCCUGAGCCUUAUGCAAAAAAACUCAGAUCUUCCACACGCAGCACUGAGCAGGCCACAUCAUCGCCACAGCUCUCAAAGAAGAUCAAAUUAACUAGGAAGUCUGCACCUCGGAACAUCUCAAAAGACCAGGCACAAAAUGGAACCAGAUGGGGGAGGGCAGGAGCAGAAAAUCGGCUGGAGCAAAGCGGUUCUGACUCGGAGGCUGAGCCGGACCAAAGGGGCACUCACUCAGACGGUCGGCUGGAGAAAAGCGUCCCAGACUCUAAACUGGCACAAACAGAUGAAAUGAAUUCAGCGCCACAGAAAGGAGGGAAGAGAAAAGAAAAAAGGACGCGGGGGAUUCUUGAACUGGCAAGAAAUGAGUUUGAAGAUGAUAACGAGUCUGAAGAUCCAGACCGUCCUGAAACAGCCACCACAUCGGCAGAACUUCUCCACCAACCCCGGGACACACCUGCAGGUCCCACUCCAGCUAGGUCCCAUGCUGACACCAGAACUCACCUUCAGGACGAUGGAAGGGAGGGGCGGGUCUCGGGGGACGACUGUGAAUCAAACUCGGGCCCGUCCGUUGCUGCGCCUGCCGAGAAGAACUGUUCUGACGCUGUCGGAGCGUCCUCAAAGGCACAUCUGUUUAUAUUUGACAGUGAAUCUCAGGAAGAUGAUUCUCAAUUUGUUGGUGAAGCUUCAGCUGCUCAGCCCGAACCUCAGCCCACGGGGAUCAAAGACGCUCCCUUUUCUCUGACUCAGGUGCAAUUAGAGGAGGACAAACGGCGAAUCAGAGACCUGAUCGCCCAGACAAACCAGGACUUGGUGAGUGUGACCAAAGCUCUGUUAAAAGUCAGCGGAGACUUCUCUGCUGCUCUGGACCUGCUCCUGAACCCCUCCUCGGUUUCUGCGCUCAUCUGGGAUCCACACGACGACCAUCUUUUGCUCUCAGCCAAUCCUGAUGUUCGCCAGAGGCUGCUGGAGAAAUACGGUGAGGGGAAUGUGGCGAAGAGAAUCGUUUUUCUUGAAGUGGAUGGAUGAGACUGGUACACGCAGUCUCUGUACAACUUCCUGGUUUAGAAAAACAACCAACCAACUAGUUGCUGUAAUUUUUAUACCCCUCGUAUAUUUCUGUGUGUCCUGACAAUUUAAGCUUAAAAAAUGUCCUAACAUCUCGAGAGACGCUGCCGUGCUGGAUCUGUUUUUUUUUGUAAGUUUUUAUUUGCAUUUAAGCAUGAUAUACUUAAUUUUAUGCAUUUAAAAACUAUUUUAUGGUUUUUAUUCCUUGAAAUUUGAAAAUAAAUGUAUUAUUAGCCUUUAAUAAUCUGUUUUUAAAUGUAAUUUAAUAAUGGAUGAUGUUGGAAUAAGAAUAACCACCUUGUGGCAAAUCAGUUAUUUCAUUAGCGUAGUGGCUUCCUGGAUGUAACUGCUUUUAAAAAAUAAUAAACGUAUAAUUAAAAUGAA